CCCCGAACAGCGCGGCGCGGAGCGGUGCGGGUCUGAUAGGCUCGCCGCGAGGCACCGCGUUACGUAGGCAAGCGGCUCCGCUCAACUUGCCACCUGCGAGCGGCGCGCCCGGGAGAGCAGCGCGGCACCUCUCGCCCGCCGGCCGCCCGUCACCGUGGCCUCCACCAUGGACUGCUGCAACGAGGGAGCGUGCACGAAGCUGGACGAGGACAUCCUGGACAUCCCGCUGGACGACCCCGACGCCAACGCGGCCGCCGCCAAGAUCCAGGCCAGUUUCCGCGGCCACAUGACUCGGAAGAAGAUAAAAGGCGGCGAGAUCGAGCGGAAAAGCAAGGACGCCGAGUGCGCCAACAGCACCCGCGCGGGCGACCUCCGCAACGGCGACUAGCCGGCCCGGCAGCCGCGAGGCGCCGGAUGGACCCCCCCUCGCCGCGCCGCCGACCGCCAGCCGUGGCCCCACCGCUGGACGCCCGCGCCCUCCCCGCCGCGCUGGCCCCCGCCUCCCUCCGCCCCCCGCUUCGCCCCCCGCCGGGGCUCGCGGCUUUUCAAGCCUUUGUAGCCGCCGGCAGAGCUGGCCCCCGGCGAGCUGGCCCCCGCAUGCGCCCGCCGCGCCAUGCCGGCGCCCGCCGGGCUGCCCCCGGACCUGGUCCCGUCCCCUGCACCCGUGUGCAUGUCCCCCCCGGCCGCCUCGGGCCACCAAUAAACGUCCCCGUGAGAGGCGCCGCUCUUCCUUUGGGCUUUCCCGGCCCGCCGCGAGGCCGUCCCGAGCGCGU